AUGACUUACAUACUCCUGCCCGCUGCACUGGGCUUGGCGGGUCUAUACUUACGCCAUGUCAACACCGCCAUGAAGACAACACCAGAAGAAGCUCUCAACCUUUCUCCCCACCGCUGGACUGUUGAAGAAGUCAAGUCUGCCUAUCAAAAGGCCCGUGAGACCCCUGUCGAUGUGACCAAAAGCCUCCCACCAAAACAGACUCGCCGUUACAUUAUCGUGGGUGGAUCCGGUCUUGUCGGAGGCUGGAUCGUGCAACACCUACUCUCCCGCGGCGAGAACCCAUCCGCAAUCCGCAUUCUAGACCUCCACACUCCGACAAAGGAAGUUCUAGACCUAGGACUGGCAUUCGUCGAAACAAACAUCACCGACAAACUAGUCGUCAGCACAGCCUUUGAGCAGCCAUGGCCUGAAUCCGUCGCUGAGCUGCCUCUGACCGUCUUCCACACGGCAGCAAUCAUCCGUCCCCAAGACCGUCUUGAAGCUUUCCUACCGCUAUGCAGCAAAGUCAACGUCGAAGGAACCCGCAAUGUCGUUGACGCCGCGAAGGCAAACGGUGCAACAUGCUUUAUCUCCACAUCCUCUGGCUCAGUGGGCCUCCACCGACCGGAUUUCUGGAUCGCGCCUUGGGAAACGCUCCCGAAGCGUGUGACGCAGAUCAUGAGCGACGAUGGACCCUUACCGCAACGCCAUGAUGAGUUCUUUGGAAAUUACGCUGUCACCAAGAUCGAGGCGGAACGACUUGUUCGAGCUGAAGAUGACUUGUCCUCUAAUUUCCGGACUGGAUGUAUUCGGCCUGCGAACGGCAUUUACGGCAUUGGAAGUGAUGUUGCGAUGACUAUUACUGGUGUUUACCUGCGUACUGGUGGAAGUCCUACCUGGUUAUCCCACAUCAUCCAAAGUUUCGUCAAUGCCGAAAACGUCUCAAUCGCCCAUCUACUGUACGAGCAACGUCUAAUCGAACAAAGCAAGCCCGGCUCUACCCUGCCCAACAUCGGUGGCCAGGCUUUCGUCGUGACGGAUCCUAACCCCGCUAUCUCGUUCAGCGAUCUAUACACAUUGCUGUGUACGCUUGCCAAGACGCCAAUCGCUUUCCCGAUCGUUCAGCCUAUCUUCCUAUUCCUUCUUUCUUAUGUCAUCGAAGCAUACUCGUUCGUGCAGUUCAAGUAUCUGUCUUGGCUUUUGCCGAAGAUCACGGGUGAUCUGGCGCAGAUUCAGCCUUCGCUGUUUGCCAUUUCGGAUACUUUUGCUGUUGCCGAUGAUUCGCGGGCGAAGAAGUCGCCUGAGGAGGGUGGACUGGGCUAUAACCCACCGCUGACUACGUUGGAUGGCAUGUGCAAGGAGGUUUUGCAUUGGAAUAAGAAUGCUGUUGCUAAUGGGGUUGUUGUUGAUGAGAAGAUUGGACCGGUCAGGGUUACAGAGAAUGGGGUUGAUGUCAAUCUUGUCACGCCGGGGAAGGUUUAA